AUGGAUGAACAACAAUCAACCGACAAGAAUGUUUCAGGGCAGUUAAGAGACCAAGUCACAUUCUACAAGGCUGCUGUGGAUGAAGCCUUCCAGAGUAAGACUGGACACCUGGACCUUUUCCUCCGCUUCCUUCUGGGUCUCUCAAUGGAGUCAAAUCAGAAGCGUUUACGAGGUCUACUGAAAGAGACCAGAAGCAGCUCACAGAGUCAUGAAGAAACAGUGAAGUACAUCAAGGAGAAGAUCAGGGAGAAUCCCUCUUCAGAGAGGUGCAUCAAUCUGUUCCACUGUCUGAAUGAACUGAAUGACCGUUCUCUAGUGGAGGAGAUCCAAAGAUACCUGAGUUCAGGAAGUGUCUCUGAAGAAGAACUGUCACCUGCACAGUGGUCAGCUCUGGUCUUUGUGUUACUGACUGCAGAAGAGGUGAUUGAUGUGUUUGACCUGAAGAAAUACUCCACAUCAGAGGAAGGUCUUCUGCUGUUGCUGCCAAAGAAAGGCUGUGCUUCUCUGGUCUCAGCUCUGAAGUCAAACCCCUCACACCUGAAAGAACUGGAUCUGAGUAACAAUGACCUGAAGGAUACAGGUGUGGAGCAUCUCACUGUUAUGCUGACGGAUCCACAAUGUAGACUGGAGACUCUGAGGCUGUCAGGCUGUCUGGUCACAGAGGAAGGCUGUGCUUCUCUGGUCUCAGCUCUGAAGUCAAACCCCUCACAUCUGAAAGAGCUGGAUCUGAGCUACAAUCAUCCAGGAGACUCAGGAGUCAGACUGCUCUCUGCUGGACUGGAGGAUCCACACUGGAGACUGGAGAAACUCAAUUUGGAUCAUGGUGGAGAGUGGAGGUUGAAAUCAGGACUGAAGAAAUAUGUCUGUGAUCUCACACUGGACCCAAACACAGUACACAGAAACUUUUCUCUGUCUGAGGAGAACAGGGAGGUGACAAGGAGGAGAGAGGAGCAGCCGUAUCCUGAUCACCCAGAGAGAUUUGAGGACUGGCCACAGGUGUUGUGUAGAGAGGGUCUGUCUGGACGCUGUUACUGGGAAGUAGAGUGGAGUGGGAGAGGGGCUGAUAUAGGAGUGACAUAUAAAGGAAUCAACAGGAAAGGAAGUUGUGAUGACUGUUGGCUUGGACACAAUGACAAUUCCUGGAGUCUGGUCUGUGAUGAUGACCGUUAUACUGCCUGUCACAAUUAUAAGACAACUAGACUACCUGUCACCUCCUCAGGCUCCCACAGAGUAGGAGUGUAUCUGGACUGGCCAGCCGGCACUCUGUCCUUCUACAGGGUCUCCUCUGACACUCUGACCCCCCUGUACAUGUUCAACACCACAUUCACUGAGCCCCUCUAUCCAGGGUUUUAUGUUUAUAACUCCUCAGUGUCUCUGUGUCAGAUGGUCCCAGUGUCAAAAACAACAUGAUGUUUCACUCUAAUCAUGGUCAUGUUCAGUAGGACAUAUCGUAGUAAAACACUGAGAAUAACUCUCUGUAGUGAGUAAAUAUAUCUUGAUUGUACUGACUAUAUUCCUAAGAGAGUCUGGCUGCAGGGCUUCACUGUGUCUCGCUUCUGCUUGCAAGCUGCACGCUCAGUCGAGCUCCGUUGUGGGUCGUUUAUG